AUGGAUAAACCAUCAGCAAGUAUGAGUAAAACAGGCUCACGGUCGACUGCCUCUCUUCCUCCGGAGCCGGUGGAUAUCAUCAGGAGCAUGUCCUGUUACCGCCGAGUCCGGCUGAACGUUGGGGGUCUCCCUCACGAGGUCCUCUGGAGAACGUUGGACAGGUUGCCGCGCACGCGGCUUGGCAAAUUAAGAGACUGUAAAACCCACGAGGCACUCAUGGACAUUUGCGACGACUACAACCUGGACGAAAACGAAUACUUUUUUGAUAGACAUCCGGGGGCGUUUACCUCCAUCCUGAAUUUUUACCGCACAGGAAAGUUACACAUGAUGGAGGAGAUGUGUGCUUUGUCAUUCAGCCAGGAACUGGACUACUGGGGGGUGGAUGAGAUUUACCUGGAGUCGUGCUGUCAGGCGCGUUACCAUCAAAAGAAAGAACAGAUGAAUGAGGAACUGAAACGGGAGGCCGACACACUAAAGGACAGAGAAGGAGAAGAGUUUGACAACACGUGCUGCUCGGAGAAGCGCAAGAAACUUUGGGAUCUCUUGGAGAAACCAGGCUCCUCUGUCGCAGCCAAGAUCCUGGCCAUCAUCUCUAUCCUGUUCAUUGUGCUGUCCACCAUCGCCCUGUCUCUGAACACGCUGCCAGAGCUACAGGAUACCGACGAGUUUGGCCAGAGUACGGACAACCCUCAGUUAGCCCACAUAGAAGCAGUAUGCAUUGCCUGGUUUACAAUGGAGUAUCUGCUGCGAUUUCUCUCUUCACCAAACAAGUGGAAGUUUUUCAAAGGUCCGCUCAACGUCAUCGACCUCUUAGCCAUUCUGCCGUACUACGUCACCAUCUUCUUGACGGAAUCCAACAAAAGCGUGCUGCAGUUCCAGAACGUACGUCGAGUAGUGCAGAUAUUCCGGAUCAUGCGCAUACUCAGGAUUCUCAAACUGGCACGUCACUCCACGGGGCUGCAGUCGCUGGGUUUCACGCUGCGGCGGAGUUACAACGAGCUCGGCCUCCUCAUCCUCUUUUUAGCCAUGGGGAUCAUGAUCUUCUCCAGUCUGGUGUUCUUCGCCGAGAAGGAUGAGGAGGACACUAAGUUCAAAAGCAUCCCGGCAUCCUUUUGGUGGGCCACCAUUACCAUGACAACCGUGGGGUACGGGGACAUUUACCCAAAGACGCUGCUCGGUAAGAUAGUAGGAGGCCUCUGCUGCAUAGCUGGAGUUCUAGUGAUUGCUUUGCCCAUCCCUAUCAUUGUCAACAACUUUUCUGAGUUCUAUAAGGAGCAGAAGAGGCAGGAGAAAGCCAUCAAACGUCGAGAGGCCCUGGAGAGAGCGAAGAGGAACGGCAGCAUAGUGUCAAUGAACGUUAGGGAGGCCUUUUCUCGUGGCGCAGAGCUCCUGGACGUGGUGGUGAUGGAACGAGGAGAUAAGUCCCAGGACAACCACCUUUCACCCAGCCGCUGGAAGUGGUCAUCCAAGCGGGCGACCUCUGAGACCAGUUCCAACCGGUCCUUCAACCCGGAACAGGGUUCCCCGAGCAAGGCCCGGGCCUCCAGCCCUCAGAGACUCAACGUUCAGAAGUUGGAAGAGAUGUACAACCAGAUGGCAAAGACGCAGUCCCAGCCCAACCUCAACACCAAAGAGAGGAUCUCAUCCCGAGCAGGGCACAGGAGGGAUGAGAUUGAACUGGGUGCCUUGCCGGGACAAGGCGCCGAUCCAAUACUUGGGGGAAGGGAUGGCGUGGUAGACAUGAAGAGUCUGUCCAGCAUUGACAGUUACAUCAGUUGUGCUACAGACUUCCAGGAGAAUCUGCGCUUCCCUUACAGUCCAGCAGGGAGCCUUUCCCAUCCAGAUGCUUCUCGCUUUUCACACAGUCCUGGUCCAGGCCUAUCUGGCAGGGUUAGUGCCAACCCCAGCUUACAGACCACCAUGGAACACGAGCCUAUGCUAACUCCACCAUGUUCUGCCGCAAAGCCCGUUGACAGUGAUAUCUCUCGACCAUAUGGGAACUCGCAUAAAACACACUCUGUCAAGGUUAACCACCACGGAUGUAGCGAAACGAGCCCAGCUGGUGGCGGACCUCUUUCAGAGAUCUCCGCUCUCUCCGACCGUUCCCUCCUCAGUCCUGAAGUGUCCGUCUACACCACAGCCAGCAGUAGGACUCCACCCAGGACACCAGAGGGUUUGGCACUGCCAACUCCAAACGUCUUCACCUUCCACGAUGCGUCGAUCAGCAAGUACAUCGAUGCUGACACAGAUGAUGAGGAGCACCUGCGUGAGUCCUGCCCAUCGGAACGCCUCCUCGGUGGUCACAGCGCCAAACCUCGACUCAACAGUGGUUUUCAGGGUGGCAUCAACCACUUGGAUGCUGCACAGAGACUUCUCGGACAAAACUGCUUGUUUCCACCGGGGGGCAGUAAUGAGAACCACGUGACAGUAGAUGCCUCACGCAGGUCUAAAGGGGACAGAGGCCGCUCCAAUACUUAUAACGAGAACCUCUGA